GCGUCCGCCAUAUUGGAUGCCGCAGCCGCUGCUGCCAGCGCUUCCUCCUCCGUCUUCGCUGUGCGCUGCUGGUUCCUGCGGCCCGAGCGGCGGGGAGGUGAAACAGGAGUCUGACGAAGGAAGAAGAAGGAGGGGGUGGAGAGUCAGCCGGGUCUCCCGCCGGCGCCCCUCCUCGCGGCCGCGCCGCCGCCCCCGUCUCGCUCUCCCCACCCAGCGCAGUGGCCGCCGCCUCUUCCGCCGCCGGGCUCGGGGCCUCCGCACCGACAACAUGGAGGCUGUGAAAACCUUCAAUAGCGAGUUGUAUUCCCUGAAUGACUACAAACCACCCAUUUCUAAAGCGAAAAUGACCCAAAUUACUAAGGCAGCCAUCAAAGCUAUUAAGUUCUAUAAACAUGUGGUACAGAGUGUUGAGAAAUUCAUUCAGAAAUGUAAACCAGAAUACAAGGUACCUGGACUUUAUGUUAUUGACUCCAUUGUACGACAAUCUCGACAUCAGUUUGGUCAAGAAAAGGAUGUGUUUGCACCCAGAUUUAGUAAUAACAUCAUUAGCACUUUCCAGAAUUUAUAUCGUUGCCCUGGGGAUGACAAGAGUAAAAUAGUGAGAGUAUUAAAUUUAUGGCAGAAGAAUAAUGUGUUUAAGAGUGAGAUUAUUCAGCCUCUUUUGGAUAUGGCAGCAGGGAUUCCUCCCCCAGUUGUCACACCUGUUUUGGCCAGUACUACUGCUGCUAUGAGCAACACCCCAGGAACUCCUGUGACACCUGUUACUCCAGCCAAUGUGGUCCAAGGUCUACCGGAUCCGUGGGUAUCUCAGAUAACAAACACAGAUACACUUGCAGCAGUAGCUCAAAUCUUACAAAGUCCUCAAGGCCAACAGCUUCAGCAGUUAAUACAGACUUUACAACUACAACAGCAGAAGCCUCAGCCUUCUAUCCUGCAGGCCCUGGACGCUGGUCUCGUUGUGCAGUUGCAAGCUCUCACAGCACAGCUCACGGCUGCGGCUGCCGCAGCCAACACCCUGAACCCCUUGGAACAGGGAGUGGCUUUCAACAAGAAGUUGAUGGAUAGGUUUGAUUUUGGGGAAGAUUCUGAGCAUAGUGAAGAACCCAAAAAGGAAAUUUCAGCUUCUCAACUUUCUCAUGUUUCAGAAUCUGUGAACAAUUCCAUUUUUCAUCAGAUAGCUGAACAGCUACAGCAGCAAAACCUUGAACAUCUCAGACAGCAACUCCUAGAACAGCAACAGCCUCAAAAGGCAACCCCUCAGGAUAGUCAAGAGGGCACGUUUGGAUCAGAGCAUUCCGCCUCACCAUCACAAGGGAGCAGUCAACAGCAUUUCCUUGAACCUGAAGUGAAUUUGGAUGAUUCUAUAGAUAUUCAGCAACAGGAUAUGGAUAUAGAUGAAGGGCAAGAUGGAGUGGAAGAGGAGAUCUUUGAACAAGAAGCAAAGAAAGUGGCUGUUCGCUCAAGAUCAAGAACACAUUCACGAUCUCGUUCAAGAUCACCAAGAAAACGAAGAUCUCGGUCGCGAUCUGGUUCUCGAAAGCGUAAACACAGAAAGCGAUCACGCUCACGCUCAAGAGAAAGAAAGAGGAAAUCAUCACGUUCAUACUCAAGUGAAAGGAGAGCGAGAGAAAGGGAGAAAGAACGACAGAAGAAGGGACUACCUCCAAUUAGAUCUAAAACAUUAAGUGUAUGUAGUACUACUUUGUGGGUUGGUCAGGUGGAUAAGAAGGCAACCCAGCAAGAUUUAACCAAUCUGUUUGAAGAGUUUGGACAAAUUGAAUCCAUUAAUAUGAUUCCUCCCAGGGGCUGUGCUUACGUCUGCAUGGUUCAUCGACAAGAUGCUUUUCGGGCUCUUCAGAAACUUAGUUCCGGAUCAUAUAAAAUUGGGUCCAAGGUCAUUAAGAUUGCUUGGGCUUUAAACAAAGGUGUAAAAACAGAAUAUAAACAAUUCUGGGAUGUGGAUCUUGGAGUUACGUAUAUACCGUGGGAAAAAGUUAAAGUGGAUGACUUGGAAGGUUUUGCAGAAGGAGGCAUGAUUGACCAGGAAACUGUAAAUACUGAGUGGGAAACUGUGAAAAGCUCAGAACCCGUUAAAGAGACGGUGCAGACAACUCAGAGCCCAACUCCAGUUGAAAAGGAGACAGUGGUCACAACCCAGGCAGAGGUUUUUCCUCCACCUGUUGCUAUGUUACAGAUUCCAGUAGCGCCAGCCGUGCCUGCAGUUAGUUUAGUCCCACCAGCAUUUCCUGUCUCAAUGCCGGUUCCUCCUCCUGGAUUCAGUCCAAUCCCUCCACCUCCUUUUCUGCGAGCGAGUUUUAACCCUUCACAGCCACCUCCUGGUUUCAUGCCACCUCCAGUUCCACCACCUGUUGUACCACCACCCACCAUUCCACCAGUAGUACCAACAUCUUUAGUGCAGCCACCAUUAUCCAUGACUCCAGAAACUGUGAAAGAUGUUGGAUUUGGUGGUCUUGUUUUACCUGGCGGUUCUGUUGCCAGCAGUCUUGCUACUUCCACUCUGCCAGCUGGAAAUGUUUUUAAUCCUCCAACUAAACAAGCAGAGCCUGAAGAAAAAGUACCUCAUCUUCUAGACCACCAGAUUCCUUCUGGUGAAAACACCAGAUCAGUGAUUCCAAAUGAUAUUCCAAGUAGCCCUGCAAUUUUAGGAGGACAGCCGCCAAAUGUGACAAGCAAUUCUGGAAUUCUGGGAGUCCAAAGACCAAAUGUAUCGAGUAAUUCUGAAAUUAUUGGAAUCCGGCCAUCUAAUGUUUCCAGUAGUUCUGGGAUUAUUGGAGCCCAGCCACCAAAUAUUCUAAAUAACUCUGGAAUUUUGGGACUACAGCCACCAACUGUGUCAAGUAGUUCUGGACUUUUGGGAGUGCUCCCCCCAAAUAUCCCUAAUAAUUCCGGACUUAUAGGAGUACAGCCACCAAAUGUUCCAAACGCCGCUGGACUUUUGGGGACACAACCACCAGCUGGGCCUCAAAACUUACCCCCUUUAAAUCUCUCUAGUCAAAGGAUGCCCACAAUGCCAAUGUUAGACAUUCGUCCAGGACUAAUACCACAGACACCUGGACCAAGAUUCCCUUUAAUACAGCCUGGAAUUCCACCCCAAAGGGGAAUCCCUCCCCCAUCGGUACUUGAUUCAGCUCUUCAUCCGCCACCCCGUGGUCCUUUUCCUCCAGGAGAUAUUUUUAGUCAGCCAGAAAGACCUUUUCUAGUUCCUGGAAGACAAAGUGUAGACAAUGUUACCAAUCCAGAAAAAAGGAUACCACUUGGGAAUGAUAACAUUCAACAGGAAGGAGAUAGAGAUUACCGGUUUCCUCCCAUUGAAGCCAGGGAAAGCAUUAGUAGACCUCCCCCCGUGGAUGUUAGGGAUGUGGUUGGACGGCCUAUAGAUCCAAGAGAAGGUCCUGGAAGGCCUCCAUUAGAUGGUAGGGAUCAUUUUGGAAGACCUCCUGUCGAUAUUAGAGAGAAUCUUGUGAGGCCAGGCAUAGAUCAUCUUGGUCGAAGAGACCACUUUGGCUUUAAUCCAGAGAAGCCCUGGGGGCAUAGAGAUUUUGAUGAGAGAGAACAUCGGGUUCUACCUGUCUAUGGUGGUCCAAAAGGCUUACAUGAAGAAAGAGGUAGAUUUCGGUCUGGAAACUAUCGAUUUGAUCCUAGAAGCGGUCCUUGGAACAGAGGAUUUGGACAAGAAGUUCACAGAGAUUUUGAUGACCGCAGAAGACCCUGGGAGAGGCAAAGGGAUAGGGAUGACAGAGAUUUUGAUUUCUGCAGAGAAAUUAAUGGAAACCGUCUUGGACGAGAUAGAAUUCAAAACACCUGGGUCCCCCCUCCUCAUCCUCGGGUUUUUGAUUUUUUUGAAGGGGCCACUUCUCAACGAAAAGGUGAUAACGUGCCUCAGGUUAAUGGUGAAAAUACCGAGAGACAUGCCCAACCACCACCUUUACCAGUACAGAAUGAUCCUGAACUUUAUGAAAAACUGACAUCUUCAAGUGAAAUAAACAAGGAGAAGAGUGACACAGUUGCUGAUAUAGAAAGUGAACCAGUGGUAGAAAGCACAGAAACUGAGGGGACAUAAUCAUCGCUCAGUAGGUAAAAGAUACCUUUUGUAAAGUUGUCAUCUCUCUGUAAUAGAUUAAUGGCUGACUGGACCAUAGUUGUUCACUUUUGUCUGCCAGAAUUAAGUUAAUCUGAUGUUCAUGUUCACCUUUCUCUUAAAAUAAUUGUACAACUGACUUGUAUAGACAUUGUUCUUAAUAUGAACAUGGUAGGUAAACAUUUUUUUAUUUUUCUGAUAAAAUAUAAAUGUUGCCCCCAGAUUCUUUUAACUUCAAGGAAAUGAAUAACAGCUUGUCAGAGACUUCCUAUGGAAGAAAGAAUUUUUUAGAUACUACCAUUAGGUUGGAUAUGGUAAUAGAUAUAUUUCAAAAUAGCAAGUGAUGGUAUAUCUUAUCCAUAUCUUUAGGCUGCUGCAGAAUUUUAAGGUAAUAGACAAAGCUGUGAUAUUUUAUGCAAAGACUGGCUCUAGAUAUUUGAGGAGCACAAUACAGAGAUUUUAAAAAGUGAUUUUGUAAAAUCUACACUAUGGUCUCUGUUUCUCCAAAGUAAGUGUUUGUGAUUUGUUCCUCAUACUGCAGUGAGUAAAAAAGAAAAAAGAAAAAAAAGAAAACAACAUAAAUAUUAAAGUACGUUUCAAUGUUGGGUGAAUUUUGUUUUUAGAUGCCAAUAAAACUUACUUGUUUGAUAACAGUGUUCUAGGAAUUGUAUUUUUUUAAUCUACAAAUUCUUAAAACCCUGGAUCAUUAGCAGCAUGUGCUUAUUAGUUGUUGCAGAAGUUUUUUAUUACUCUUAACAACAAUGAAGAACUGUGUGGUGGAAAAACAUGUACUUUGAUAUAAAAAUCAUGCAGUCUCAUUAGUAUGUAUGUAA